CCACCGCCCCCCGCCGAACCCCAGACCUUCCUGCUGGUGCAGACUCCCCAGGGCCUGCAGCUCAUUCCCAGCCCCCCAGCACCCCCGAGGAAGCUCCUGCUGCUGCCCACCCCGCCAGCUGAGCCUCCUGCCUUCACCCUCCUGCCUGCUGAGGGUCCCUCAUCCCAGACUGGGAAGGGUCCACGGGCAUCAGUAGCCUCCGCUACUGGGCAGAGCAUCCUGUUGGUACCCGGGAUGGGGCAGGCGCUGCCCAGCAUUCAGCUCCAGGCAGCCGAGGUGACCAAUGUCCAGCUCCAAGCCUUGCCGCAAGCCUUGGAGGUAGCCAACAUCCAGCUCCAAGCUGCCGAGGUGACGAAUGUCCAGCUCCAAGCCCUGCCACAACCCUCCAAGGUGGCCAACAUCCAGCUCCAGGCCAGUGAGGCAACCAAUGUCCAGCUCCAAGCCUUGCCACCGCCCUUGGAUGUCACCAACAUCCAGCUUCAAGCUGCUGAGGUUACAAAUGUCCAGCUCCAAGCCUUGCCACAACCCUUGGACGUCACCAACAUCCAGCUCCAAGCCAGUGAGGUGGCCACCAUCCAGCUCCAAGCUCUGCCGCAACCCUCAGACAUCACCAACAUCCAACUGCAGGCCACAGAGGUGACAAAUGUCCAGCUCCAAGCCCUGUCACAACCCUUGGACGUCACCAACAUCCAGCUCCGAGCCCUGUCACAACCCUCUGAGGUCACCAACAUCCAGCUACAGGCCACCGAGGUGGCAAAUGUCCAGCUCCAAGCUCUGCCACAACCCUCCAAGGUGACCAACAUCCAGCUCCAAGCCCUGCCACAACCCUUGGAUGUCACCAACAUCCAGCUGCAGGCCACUGAGGUGGCAAAUGUCCAGCUGCAAGCCCUACCACAACCCUCUGAGAUCACCAACAUCCAGCUUCAAGCCUUGCCGCAGCCCUCAGAGCUCCCCAGUGUCCAUCUGGAGUCCACAGAGGUGCCCGAUAUCCAGCUGCAGGCCGUGGAGGUGCCCAACAUCCAGCUGCAGACCACAGAGGUGCCCAGUGUUCAUCUGGAAACCACUGAGGUGCCUGAUGUCCAUCUUGAAGCCACUGAGGUGCCCAGCAUCCAUCUCCAAGCCACUGAGGAGCCCAGCGACCAUCUCCAGACCAUGAAGGUGACCGAUGUCCACCUGCAGGCCACCGAGGUGACCACCAUCCGUCACCAAUCUGUGGAGGUGCCCACCAUCCAUCUGCAGGACGCAGAGGUGGCCACUGUCCAGCUGCAAGCCACUGAGGUGCCCACCAUCCAUCCCCAAACCACAGAUGUGACAAAUGUCCAUCUCCACACUACAGACAUGCCCAGUGCCCAUCUCCAGACCACUGAGGUGCCCAGUGUCCAUCUCCAAGUCAUGGAGGAGCCCAGCAUCCAUCUCCAGACCACAGAGAUGACCAGUGUCCAUCUCCAAGACACCGAGGUGCCCAACAUCCAACUGAAGACUGUGGAGAUGCCCAAUGUCCAACUCAAGACCGUGGAGGUGCCCAAUCUCCAAAUCAAGACCAUGGAGGUGCCCAACGUCCAUCUCCAGGCUGUGGAGGUGCCCAACAUCCAACCACAGCCCCCCGAGGUGCUCGUGGCAGGGGGGAACCUGUCCCCCUCCCUGUCGCCACGCCUGGCGGUG